CCUAUUGACGUGUCGUAUUCGGUUAUCAUCGAGGAAAACACAGGUCUGUAUUUCACGCUCCGGAGCCAGUCUCUCUGACCGUCCCCGCUUUUCACGACAGGUGGAACAAUGUCGGAGCCCAGCAAGCCGGACAUCGCCGCUAUCUUCAAGCGACUCCGCGGGGUUCCCACGAACAAGGCUUGCUUCGACUGCUCGGCCAAAAACCCCAGUUGGGCCAGCAUCACCUACGGUGUGUUCCUGUGCAUAGACUGCUCCGGGACGCACAGGUCUCUCGGGGUGCACCUCACCUUUAUCAGGUCCACUGAGCUGGAUUCCAACUGGUCGUGGUUCCAGCUGAGAUGUAUGCAAGUGGGAGGCAAUUCCAACGCGAUUGCAUUUUUCAACCAACACGGAUGCACAACCAGCGCCGCCAAUACCAAGUACAACAGCAGGGCCGCUAAGCUGUACAGGGAGAAGAUAAAGAGCUUAGCCACACAUGCGACCAAAAGUCACGGCACUGAGUUGUGGCUUGACAGUCAGGCUCCUCUCUCCCCAACGUCACCAGACGACAAGCAGUUGGAUUUCUUCAGUCUGCAUUCUCAGACUUUUCCUGACAAUUUGAACAUGCCCAAAUGUCAUCCCAUCGCCUCCACGUCAGAGAAGCCUGUAACCGUGGAAACGGAGGAAGACCGUAACGGUAAUCUAGACGAGGGUCCUAGUGUGGACAUGCUGAGUGCCUCUCCAAAAGCAAAUCCAGAGCCCUCCGGACUUUUUAAGAAGAAGCCAACUGCUGCCAAGAAAACGCUGGCCUCUAAGAAAGGCGGUCUUGGUGCACAAAAGGUCAGCAGCAAGAGCUUCUCAGACCUGGAGAAGAAGGCGCAAGCUGCCGACAAGCUCCGAGAGAAAGACGAGAGCACCGGUGGUGCCAAGAGCUACAAAGCCGAGGAAUCCAUCUCUCCGUCCCUGCGGCUGGCCUGUAAAGACAUUGAGCAGCAGAGGAAAAUGGAGGAGAAGAAGAUGAAGGGACUGGAGGGGAAUAAGAAAGUGCAAUCUGAGAGACUGGGCAUGGGAAUGGGCAUGAGGAGUGGAGUGUCUCACUCCGUGACGUCGGACAUGCACAUCAUCCAGCAGGAGAGUCCGAUGGGAAACAAGAGCACCAAAGCCCGGCGCUUCACCGGCGACGACGAGGACGAAGGCUCCUUCAGCGCCAAGGUUCUGUCCCGGUUCGAGGAUAAAACGGAAACCUCAGACAGUUUCUCCUCGAGGUGGGACGACCGCGGCGAGGAAGGCGGCUGGAUGAAGGAGAGCAAGAAACCAGAGCCGGACUUCUUCUUGACCUCCACUAUAACAUCACUGAACGACAGACCGACGGGCAGAAGAAAACCAGAAGCCGUCCCAGACACAGGAGAAGCUCAGAGGAAGUAUGGACGCGACGUGAAAUCCAUCUCUUCGGACACGUUCUUUGGGAACCGAGAUAACUCUGAGUACGAGGCCAAAACACGACUGGAAAGAUAUUCCGGGAGUUCCUCUAUAAGUUCAGCCGACCUCUUCGACGAUCCCAAGAAACAAGCCACGAGCUCGUACCGUCUGACCAACGUGCUGCCCAACGCUCCCGACAUGUCGCAGCUCAAACUGGGAGUCCGCUCGGUCGCGGGGAGGCUCUCCGUCAUGGCCAGCGGCGUCGUGACCUCCAUUCAGGAUCACUACAGCACCUGAACUCCUCGGACUCGGCGCCCUGAUAUUCGUCCCGUGUUUGGCGGAGUCGGAUGGGUUUAAAUGAGUGCGACGGGCCUCCACCCUGUGUACGUCUAAUGUCUAGUUUUUUAUUAGAUAAUGUAUAUACACAACAGUUGUUUGAAUCAAGAGGAUCAAGCACAAUAUUUUCUGCAGAAGUAACGUUCCCCCGCGGGCAUCUGGAAGGAUCUCUGUGUACAGUUCAGGUAUUAAGAAUAUUUAGUUUGCAAUGUAUUGCUUCAUUGACUUUGCGGUUGUGGGAUUUAAAAUGUGUAGAAGUAUAAUAUGUAGCACAGUGUUUGUUGUUUUUUGAAGGAAGGAUUUGAGUUUUGAUUUCUUUAGUUGACGAGGUAUUAAAAAAAAAAAAAAGUGGAGGAAAUUGUUUUAAAAUGGUCGACAUACUCUCGCUCAUCACAAGCGAUCUGUAUCGUGCUGUUUUGCACCUUCCCGAGGGUUUGAAAGUGUCCUUUCUGUCCCCGAAGUGCACUUAUAUUUGCUCGUCAACAGACAGGAACAAUACCUGAUUAAGAGGCCGCGGGGGACCAGAUAUAUAUAUAUAAUUUCUUUAUUCAGGCAUUGUAUCUGUUGUAUAAACUGGAAUUGGCCUUAUUAGCACCGAAGUUUCAUUACUUGUUUAUUAAUGUAAAAAGACAAGACGGCAUGGAAGCAGAAGUAGCUGAAAAGUUAGACUUUUUAAAAAUGUUAUUUGAAUAACACCAAUCUUCUCAUCUGAUCCUAUCAUCCUGUCCGUCGAGCAAUCCGCUUUAGAGCAUCGGAAUGAGCCACAUGAUGCGCCUCAGUUAGCUCCGCGCUCUCUUUGGUCUCAGUCCUGCCGCUUGAACGCUUACAGAUGUCGUAAAUUGAUAAUGUGGUCAACAGUGUAACCUUUAGAUUCGUGGAUUUUGGGGGGGGUGCCUUUUGGGGAUUUUUAGAUUUGAACUUGUAGAUCUUUUUGUUAUGUCGUUACUUAAAAUGUAACGGCACUCACUGAAGACAGCGAAAGUGCAGCAACACAUGUCCACUUCAAACACGAAUCCCUUUAAAAGCCCUCUUUUCUGUUUUUGCUGUAACAUACUGCCGAGGCCUGAGUGUGCAACCGUGAGCUGGUAUCUGGGUGUGAUUUAUGGAUUGGACAUUUAAAUGAAAUAGAAUAAUCUGUUAAUGGUUCUAAUAUGUAGUUUGAAUCAAGUUGUUGAAUAUGGAACACUAAAAGUGAAAGUUGUAGAUCCUUCAAUGACCAAAUAUUCAUCACUCUAUGCCUUAGUCCAAAGAUCUCUGAUUAACGCGCCCUCAUAGUGUCACAUUGCUUUAUUGUGGAGAAACAAGUGGUAAUUGUUUUGCACAUUAUUUGUUGGAAAUUGCAUGUGGCAUCUUUUGCUUGAAUGUACUGUAUUAGACUUUUGCGUCCGUAUUAGACCUUAAUUUUUGUUCUUUGUAAUAUUGUUUAUCCUCUGCCGUUUAUUAUUAUUAUCAAAUGUUACGUAGCCUGAGCAAGUUGCAUGACCCUUGUAGUGAAUAAUCGCUGACACAUCCUGAAUACAAAAAGCUCCGGCUGCUGGGCCCUAUAAUGGUCGAGUAACAGAAUUGGCCAAUAAAACUGCACCGUACUGCUACUUGCAAUGCUGUACAAGGCUUUGAAUCACCAUUUAUAGAAAGCUAAAGAGAGUUUUGACAUAUUUUGACACUCAAAAUGUAAGUACAAUGUUUUUGAAACCUGGCAAAUAAAUGGCUUGUGUCAAAGCUCA